UAAUGCUGCUCCUUCUGUUACAGGAAGGGCACAAGAGGAUCUAAUUAUCUAUUUCCAGUUAGAAGAUAUUUCCAUGCCAUUUUGUCUCAUCCUGUCGGCUCUUUCCAGUCUCAUGAGGAUAUAUAUUCUCUCCUUCAAGCAGUCCUAAUGCUAGAGGGCAGCUCCCUGGUCAGAAGAAGGUCCUCCGCCUGCCUUAUUGGUCAUAUCCUCAGCUGCACCUGGCAAAGUACCCAGAGAUGAAGAGAAUUCUGGUCUUGGCUUUUGCUGUUCUACUCUGUCUGGCCACUGUAACAAGUCUGAGGUGUAAAACAUGCACAAAAUAUGAAGAAGACAGCUGUGUAAAUGGAGAAGGUAUCUGUGUGGCCAAUAAAAGCAUGAGAUGUGGAGAUCUAUUCACACCAGAAAACGAUAUUAUCCUGAGUUUCUGUGCUCAAAAAUUCGGCUGUGAAAUGUAUAACAAAGAAAACGUCGCGAACACUUCAUCCUACGUGGUCUGCUGUAAUAGAGAUUUAUGUAAUGGGCAGCCACUUUGGGCGCUUACGAAUGAAACCUCCCCGGAGUCUGAUGCUACAAGUUUUCCAGAAAAGCUCUAAGACAUAGUCAUCAGCCAC